AUGAGGAUCAACGAAAUCUUUCAAUCACUCUUAUUGAUCGUCGUUUUCUCUUGCUUAAUUUCUCAUGUGGAUGCAACAUGCGACCCGGCUGAAGGAACCGUGAAUAAUGAUGGCAAAGUCACGGACUUCCAUACUUCCCGCACCACCUCGAGUGCUGGUGACAUUACCUUCAGACUAAUUGAAAUGCCAUGCGACACGCCAUAUCUUAAGAUUCACGUUGUGCCUAAGAGUGAGGAUCUAACAGUGUUUGACUGGCGCACGAUCACGGAUGCCGAUCUGAAUAGAGACGUAGUCAUUGGCACCGACGUUUUAGCUGGUACUACAUUCCGUUUGCAAACUCAGGUUCAGGAUGUCAAUGACUUUACUUGCUACGAACCAACUUUUCGCGGCCAAAUUUGCUAUCCCUGA